AUAAAUGGUUUUCAACUGAAUUAAUUACAUCUAAAAGAAGUUCUAAAUGGCCAUUAUUAGAAGAAGCUUUGUGGCUUUGGGUUCAAGCCUAUAAUUCUCUUGGUAAUUCAACAAUUAAAAUAAAAGAAUUUACAUUAUUAGAUGCUUUUAAACUUACUAAAAAAGCAUGGGAAAAUGUUACUGAAAAAACUAUCAAAAAUUGUUGGAAAUCAACU